CCGCCGCAACGCUGUUCGCGUUCGAAACACCAUCAGGGAGUUUGUGUGUUACCGUCUGGCCAUUCGAUAUACUGGAAACAAUGGACAUGGGAAUGACGGCCAAACGUUUAGUUUAUUACAUGCUGGUGGUUUUUUAUUACAGCAAUACGUGUGUGAUCAGUACGUUCGGAUGGAAGCGAACAAUUUGCGCUACACCAGACUCAAUCAGAAAGCGCUGUUCGCCGAAGCGUAUCAGGGGCUUGUGGACCACAUAAACCAACAGCAUCAUGUCGAUGAAAUCAACCCCGUCGGUCGCAGGAUGAUUUUGCCUUCGACGUUUGUGGGUGGUCCCCGUUACAUGAAACAAUUUUACCAUGACGCGAUGGCCAUUGUGCGUAAGUACGGUAAACCUGACCUGUUCAUAACUUUUACAUGUAACCCUAAGUGGCCAGAAAUCGUAGACAACAUUCCGCAUUGGUUGAAAGCUAACGACAGGCCCGAUCUGGUGGCGAGGGUGUUCCACGCAAAACUAAAGCAGCUGAUGCGUGAUAUAACAACUGAUAAGGUAUUUGGUAACGUAGACGCUUUUGUCUAUACUAUUGAAUUUCAGAAACGCGGUCUUCCGCACGCACACAUACUCAUCAUCUUGCACGAGGACAGUAAGUUGCUCACUGCCGAGGACGUUGACGAUGUUGUAUGCGCCUGUUUGCCCGACCCUGAAACCGACAGACGCCUAUUCAACAGUGUGACAUCACACAUGAUACACGGACCUUGUGGACAGCUAAACCGUAACAGUCCGUGUAUGGUGGACAACACUUGCUCUAAAAACUAUCCAAAAGAGUACAGCGAAGAGACUUUGUACAUAUCCGACGGCGGUUACCCAACAUACCGCAGACCGAAUAACGGACUUGUGGCAAACGUCAGAGCUCAACAAGUAGGAAAUGAGUUUGUCGUACCGUACAACCCUUACUUACUGAUCAAGUACGACGCACACAUAAACGUUGAGGUAUGCUCUACUGUGAAGAGCGUAAUGUAUCUGUACAAAUAUGUGUACAAGGGUCACGACGCAGCUACCGUGGAAGUUUGGAAUGGAGAUGAAAUAGAAAAUUACAUAAAUUCACGGUACGUCAGUCCACCAGAAGCAGUUUGGAGGUUGUUUUCGUUUGAAAUGCAUAAGAGGAGUCAUACGAUCGUUAGACUUCCAGUGCACUUGGAAGAUUAUCACAACGUGUACUUUGCUCCUAAUCAGGUACUGGAGAGGGCGCAAAACGCCGCUCUAGCUCGAACAAAACUCACGGCCUUCUUCGCGCUCAACGCGACUGACGUCGAGGCCAGACAGUACCUAUACCAAGAGAUACCGGUACACUACACUUGGAAGGCAACGCGAAGGACAUGGAUACGACGACAAAAUCAGAUGACGUACGAAACACUGGCUCGAAUGUACGUCGUCAACCCGCUUGAUCGAGAACGUUUCCAUUUGCGACUACUACUUCUGCACAAGAGAGGCAUGCAGUCAUACCGUGACGUGAGGACAGUAGAUGGAGUAGUGCAUCCAACUUACGCCGCUGCAGCAGUCGCGAUGGGACUGUUGGAAGACGACAGGGCUUUGCUGGCAUGCAUGGCAGAAUCAGCAACGUUGGACGCUCCAUCUCAGCUUCGAUACCUAUUCGUGACGAUGUUAUUGUUUUGCGAGACCGCAGAUCCGCUGACGUUGUACCAAGCCAACGAAGCGCACAUGAUGGAGGACUUCUAUCAGCGGAUGCGAGACGUAGAGCGCGCGAGGGCGGCGUGUCUGGACGCCAUCGAUCGGUCACUCCGGGGUCACGGGAAAUCACUCGAUGACUACGGUUUACCUCUGCCGAACGUCGCACUGCUGGAAGAGGAUCCGGACAGUGGCAUGUUCGGUCAAAUAGACGCGGCGGUACGCUGGGUUCAACAAGUAGGAAACUUGAACGACGAACAAUGGACAGUGUUCGACCGUGUUAUGGCGGCUGUAGACGACGAUAGAAACGUCUCAAAACUUUUCUACGUCGACGGACCUGGGGGAACUGGAAAAACUACGCUGUACGGAUGCCUCAUAUGGUCGCUUCGCAGCCAAGGGCGGUCCGUGUUGUCCGUAGCGUUCACCGGAAUCGCAGCGUCGCUCAUGGACGGCGGUACGACUGUGCACUCGAUGUUCGGAUUGCCGUUCGGCACGCUCACCGACGAUUCGACGUCGACCAUCACCAUGCAGUCGCCACGCGCUCAGAGGAUACGUGACGCGGCGCUCAUCGUCUGGGACGAAGCGCCUAUGUCUCCGGGACUACAACUCACCGUG